AGGAAAAAGCCCUUGCAGACCGGCCAUGCCAGACUGUUAUUGGCCAAUAGACCCUUACAGUAUUGUCAUGCCAGGUUUCUCUUACCAAAGGAACCCUUACAGUGCAGUUGAACCAGCCAUAGUUCGGCGCAAAAAAGCAAAUCUACCGUGAGAACUGAGAAUCUUUUAAAGGCGACGCAGUAUGCGCAAUCGAAUAGACGGUAUGCAGCCUUCUCAAGCAGAUUCUUUUGCCUGCUGAACCAUUCGGACAAUUUGUUUGUACAAGUGUUCAACAUGAAGACUGCCUGGACUAUCGGUGUCGGGGCCCUGUUGGCCUCGGCUGUCGACGCGAAGGAGGACUCUAUUCACGGCGACAAGCUGUACAAUGCGGGCAAAACGCCUGCUGUCGAGCGCAUUGGAGACAGCGAAGUCGCGACGCUUGACCAGCCCAAGCCAGCUGGCAACAAGAUCAAUGCUGCUGACAUUGAUGUCUUCUGUUCGUCGGAAGUUGAGGCCCACGCCUGCUCUCUGGUUCUGGACUCCAAUGUCGGUACAUACUGGAAGGCAGACGACGGUCCAGAGGAGACCAUCACGGUGAACCUGAACGAAGAGAAGAGCAUCAGUGGGCUGGUCAUGAUCCCUCACCAGGGCGCCAACUCCUUUAUCCAGAAGCACUCGGUCUCCGUCAGCCAGGACAACGAGACCUGGACGGAGGUUGCGUACGGCAUGUGGUGGCCUGACGCCGCCGAGAAGAUGUCUACCUUCCAGCCCGAGAAGGGCAGAUACCUGCGCCUUACCAUCUACGAGAGCACCGGGUACAUCGCAGAGUUGGAUGUGUACGAGCACGCCUAUAUCCAGCCCGAUCCCGCCAAAGGUGCCUGGGGCCCCACCAUCGACUUCCCCCUGGUUCCUGUCUCUGGAGCUGUUGAUCCGGCAACUGGUGACUUGAUUGGCUGGGCUUCGUGGCAAUACAACACGUACCUGCAAAACUCCGGGUCGAAGACGCAGACGGCCACCUGGAACCCUGAGAAGAAGAUUGUCUCGCAGCGAGAAAUAAGCGAGACCGGCCAUGACAUGUUCUGUACUGGAAUCACAUAUGAUGAAUUCGGAAAUCUGAUCAUCACUGGUGGCAACAGUGCGUACGACACCAGUAUCUACAACACCACCGCCCGCGAAUGGAAGAAUGGGGCCACUCUCGACCUUGACAGGGGCUACCAGUCAUCGACAAUCCUCUCCGACGGCCGCAUGUUCAUGAUUGGCGGUUCGUUCAGUGAAACCACCGGCGAGAAGAACGGCGCCGUCUAUGACCCCAUCAAGGACGAGUGGAGCAAUCUCGAUGACGCCAGUGUUGUCCAGAUGCUCACUGAGGAUGAACGCGGAGACCGCCGCGACAACCACGGUUGGCUGUUCGGCUGGAAAGACGGGUAUGUCUUUCAGGCCGGUCCCAGCAAGAAGAUGAACUGGUACGGAACCGCCGGGCCCUCCGGUUCAACAACCUUUGCCGGAAACCGCAACAACGAGCAAUGGGGUGAUGCUAUGUGCGGAAACGCGGUGAUGUUUGAUGACGGAAAGAUUCUUGCCUUCGGCGGUGCGCUUGAUUACGUCGGCAGCGAUGCCAUCGCUGAUACCUACCUCAUCAACAUCGACCAGCCGGAGACCGAGGCAAAGGUCGUGCGAGCGCCUGAUAUGGAGUUCGAGCGUACUUUCCACAACUCAGUGGUUCUCCCCGACGGAUCCGUGUUCGCAACUGGAGGACAAGGCUUUGCGCAGCCCUUCAACGAAUCCACUGCCCACACCGAGUCGGAGCGAUUCAUAUACGACGAGUCCAACCCGGCCGGUGGUUCAUGGGAGUCUCUCCUCCCUAACACCGUUCCUCGCGUGUACCACAGUAUCGCCCUGCUUCUCCAGGACGGCACCGUGUUCGCUGGUGGUGGUGGACUCUGCGGAAACUGCACUGCAAACCACUUCGACGGCCAGAUCUACACGCCCCCAUACCUGCUGAAGGAGGACGGCACUCUGCGUGAUCGCCCGGAGAUUGUCUCGGUAGAGCCCGCUUCCGCUAAGCCCGGUGAUCGCAUCAAGGUCACCACAAAGGGCGAUAUCAACCCCGCCGCUUCCUCCAUCGUCCGCUACGGCUCGGCUACCCACACCGUCGAUACCGACCAGCGACGUCUUUCCGUCCCCUUUGAGAAGGACGGUGAGGACGCAAACAGCUACACCUUCCAGAUCCCUGAAGCGCCUGGUGUGGCCGUGCCUGGGUACUGGAUGUUGUAUGUCCUGGACAGCCAGGGUACUCCCAGCCACUCCGUGAACGUCCGAGUGUCUACCUAAGACUGCCUCUUCAUGGUUGACCGGUGCAAUGCCGGUUUACUGUCAAAAUUAUAUGGUAAUUUGUUGAUUAUUGGUAAUGUUUGAUAUCAAGUUAGCUAGGACCUUCGGGUGUGCUUGUGCUUACUGUAUUUUACUUCUUCGGCCAUCUCUAUGCAGUGGUCUUUUAUUUAUUCCAAAAUUAAGUUUCUUUUUCCCAAUCCUCUUGCUCGAACGACAUGACCUAAAUUAAAGAAUAUCGAAGGGUCGAAAACAUCCGCCUCGUUGAAUAUCAUCACAGCUGUUCAAGCACC